AUGGCACAGAACAAUCAGCUUGCUAGCUCCGAGGAGAACACUCCACCGACGCCGGUUUAUUAUCAACCGUCCAUGACUCAAGCACUGCCACCACUAACUCCUGCAGGCGCACCCCCGGUACACUCGGGAGAAAUCCCGCCACCAGUCCCAACAUCGGAAGCCCAAGCACCGUCCACCUCUACAGAGGGUGCGGCCCGCAUCGUCGCACUGGAAGGCGAUAUCUCCACAUUAAGGGGCACGGUCAAUCAGAUGGCUGCCGACAUGGCCGAGCUCAUGGCCCUACUCAGAGCUCCAAACCGCACCUCCUCGAACUCUACUCCGCCUCCGGGGUACGGGCCAACAGUCGACCCAAACCCUUGGGUCCCGCCGACCCAUGCUCCGGAAGGUAUUGAAGCGCCUGCGAUACACGCACCGGCGGGCCUCCCAGCUAACGUCCCUCCGCCAUCGGUGACUCUCCCGGCAGCCAUUCCUCUUCCACCGUCGAACCCGACUACUCUAGUACCGCCGCCGAUGUCCAUACCGGUUCCGGCACCGGUUUACGCGGCUCCUCCGCCGAUGGUCUUCCCGGCACAGAGCCCCCACGCUCCUGCUCACACAGCCGAGCCUGUCCCAUUCCAAGCUCCACAACCCCACAUCAGCUUUUCUUACCCAACUCUACCUCCCCUAAACAUUCCCAUCCCUGAACCGGGCACGCCAACCCAGGCUGUCCCCAUAGCUCCACCGACAAACUUUCUCCCGGAAAUGGGGACUGAGCAGGAGCAGAGAUUGAAGAAGAUGGAAGAGAACAUCAAAGCCUUACAAUCAGGUGGUCCUCGCCUCGAUGCCGGCGAUUGCGAUUGGAGUCUUUUUCCGGGUAUGCGGCUACCCCCGAAGAUUAAGGUGCCUGAAUUCCAAAGGUACCAUGGCACUACCGACCCCCGUCACCAUCUCCGUCACUACAGGGGAAAGAUGCUGCAGUACUGGGACUACGAAGAGUUCGUCAUCCACACGUUCCAGGACAGUUUGGCGGGAGCGGCUCUUGAUUGGUACAUGUCACUGAAAGCCGCGGAUAUCCCUACAUGGACGGACCUUUCGGGCAAAUUCAUCGACCAGUACAAGUACUGUGCAGAAACGCCCCCGACCCUGUUGGAGCUCAGUACAAUGGAGAUGGCCGAGGAUCAGGGCUUCGAGGCCUACGCAGUAAAGUGGAGGGCUAGAGCGGCGAAACAUGUCCCCCCGAUCAGUGAGGCGCAGCAGAUCCAAUUAUUCCACUCUACCCUCAAAGGGGCCUACUACUUGCACCUGUUGGCUCACACGUCUUCGUUCUCCAACCUUAUCGACGCCGGGAAGAAGCUUGAUAUCGGCGUUAAGCUCGGCAAGAUAGAAGGACCGGCCGAGAAGAAAGAGGGAGAGUCCUCGAAGAAGGUUGCUACUGGGACACCCUCCGCGGGAAACAGGAGAGGAAAAGACGCGUCCGUCAAUGCUGUUAACUCAGGGCGCCAAGCCCCCCAACAGUAUUCCAUCAAUUACACGCCCGCACCACCGACCACUCAGGCGUAUGCCCCACCUCCGGUGCAUUAUCAGCAGCAACUCCCAGCGCAACAAGUAUAUUAUUCCGCCCCGCCGGCCUCCUUUCCGUUGCCGGCCCCGCACAAUUACGUCCCUAUUCCCCCUCCGAUCCAACAAAGCAGGCCUCCGGCUUCGAGAACUCCUCAGCCGGUGCAACGGGCUCCGGCCCCGCAGGACCAACAAAGCACUGCGCCGCGGCGCAGACAAUUCACACCCCUUCCGGCCCCGCUCUCCCACAUAUACCGGCAACUCCUCGCAGGCAAUAGGAUUAAAUCAGUAGCGCCUAACCCCGAUUUCGACCCCACCAUUCAGGAUCAGAGUCGGCACUGCGAGUACCAUCAGGGCGCACCCGGUCACACCACCGACGAUUGUUGGAAGCUGCGGGAGAAGAUCCAAGCUAUGAUUGAUGGCAAACAACUCACGUUCAACGCCGUCAAACCUCCGAACGUGCAAGUUAAUCCUCUUCCCGAUCACGGGUCAAGCUCGGGACCCAGCAUUAACAUGAUCAGUGUUUGCGCCAUAGGGGAGUACGAGACCGGGCAGGAGCCAUCCGCCCCGUUCGUAAUCGAAUAUGUGCCUGCGGAAACCGGUAUAGGGUACGCGGGGUUUGAUGCCACGCCCGCCCCAUUCGUGAUAGAUGUCCCCGCACGAGAGCCAUAUCAAGAUAGCAAGGUUCCGUGGACCUACGAAGGGAGUGUCGGGAACCUCGAGCGUCAAUUCAGCGUCAUGGGCGUGACGCGCUCGGGACGAGUGUAUGAAAACCCGGAGGUCGCGAACAAAGGAAAGGCGCCUGCUGCGACAUUAGGAAUCGCCCCGGAAGCUACGCCGAUCCCACAAAAGAAGGUGACCGAAGAGGAAGCCGAGGCUUUUAUGAAGAUCAUCAAGGCAAGCGAGUAUAAGGUUGUUGAACAAAUGGGCAAGUCUCCGGCCCACAUUUCACUACUCGCCCUUCUCUUAAGUUCGGAGCCACAUCGUGAAGCGCUCCUGAAGGUCCUGACGGCGGCACAGGUCCCCAAGGAGACGGCUCCAGAUCUCAUUGAAGAAACCGUUGGCCGGGUCAUGAUCGACAAUGGUUCGGCUCUCAAUGUAUGCCCUGUUUCCACCCUGAAGCAGAUGAAUGUGGAUCUGAAUCGUAUUCGUCCAAGCAAGACAGCGGUUCGAGCCUUCGAUGGCUCGCGGAGAGAGGUGAACGGAGAGAUCGACCUUCUGAUCGAGGUAGGUCCAUGUUCAUUCAAUGUCACUUUUCAGGUGCUCGACAUCCCCAAUGCCUUCAGCUUGCUGCUCGGGAGGCCAUGGAUCCAUUUUGCGGGCGCAGUCCCCUCCACCUUGCACCAAAAGCUUAAGUUCAUCGUGGAAGAGCGACUCAUCACGGUCAAAGGUGAGGAGGACUAUGCGAUUUAUAAGGAGACGGCUGUCCCCUAUAUCAUUGAGCCAACAGAAGAAAUCAACAUAGGCACUGAAGAGGAACCUCGCACGCUAAAGAUCGGGACGGGCCUCGAUCCAACACAACGAGCUCGGAUGAUCGAUUUCUUGAAGGAGUACCAAGAGGUCUUUGCCUGGUCCUACGCCGACAUGCCGGGCUUAGAUCCGUCGAUAGUCAAGCACUCUCUCCCACUCGAUACAGAGAACUUCCCGCCCAAACGGCAACACCUACGGCGGCAGCGAGCCGGCCUUCUCCUCCGCAUCAAGGAGGAGGUCGUCAAGCAGAUAAAUGCGGGAUUCCUAGAAGUCUGCAAUUACUCUGAAUGGGUGGCAAACAUCGUGCCCGUGGAGAAAAAGGACGGAAGGGUCAGGGUUUGCGUCGACUAUCGGGACCUCAACAAGGCUAGUCCUAAAGACAACUUCCCUCUGCCUCACAUCGACGUCUUGGUCGACAACACCGCGCGCCACAAUCAGUUCUCCUUCAUGGAUGGCUUUUCGGGGUAUAACCAAAUCCGGAUGGCUGAAGACGACAAGAUCAAAACGACUUUCAUCACGAUGUGGGGCACGUUUUGCUACAAGGUCAUGCCCUUCGGGCUCAAAAAUGCCGGGGCAACCUACCAACGGGCAAUGGUUACGCUCUUCCACGACAUGAUGCAUAAGGAGAUCGAGGUCUACGUCGACGACAUGAUCGCAAAGUCCAAGGAGGGAGAGGAUCACCUCGUCAAUCUGAGGCGUCUCUUCGAACGUCUCAAGAAGUACAAGCUUAGGCUCAACCCGGCCAAGUGCACAUUCGGCGCGAAAUCCGGAAAACUGCUAGGAUUUGUGGUCAGCGAACGAGGCAUCGAGGUCGAUCCUGACAAGGUGAAAGCGAUUAGGGAGUUACCUCCGCCAUCAACAGUGCGCGAGGUACGGAGCUUCUUAGGACGACUGAACUACAUCGCGCGUUUCAUCGCGAACUUAUCAGAUAAGUGUCAACCCCUCUUCCGGCUGCUUCGUAAAAAUGCAGCAAUUGAAUGGGACGACGAUUGUCAGAAGGCCUUUGACGAUAUUAAGACAUACUUAGUUCAGUCGCCGGUGUUGGUCCCGCCCACGCCAGGUCGACCUCUCAUUCUUUACCUGACGGUGCGCCGGCAAUCAUUGGGGUGCAUGCUGGGACAAGAAGAUGAGUCCACACGCGCAGAACAUGCCAUCUACUAUCUGAGCAAGAAGUUUACUGAAGGGGAAUCCAAUUACCCGGAGAUUGAGAAGAUGUGCUGCGCACUGGUGUGGGUCAUGCAGAGACUUCGACAGUACACCCUCUAUCACACUAUCCGCUUGCUGUCGAAAGCGGAUCCCCUGAAAUAUCUACUUGGUAGCCCAUCCUCCAUGAGGAACAUUGCAAAGUGGCGCUGUCAACUGACGGAGUACGACAUCGAGUAUGUGCCCCGCACAUCAGUCAAGGGGCAAGCAAUUGCAGACCAUUUGGCGGAAUUUCCCAUCGAGGAUGACACGCCGAUCAACUCCGACUUUCCAGACGAAGGGAUCCUCCGAGUAGAUGAGGAGGAGGAUGGGACCGCGUGGAAGAUGUAUUUCGACGGCGCGGUGAAUUCCACCGGUUCUGGUAUCGGCGCAGUGCUGAUAUCCCCGGACGGACGUUAUUACCCGAUUGCAGCAAAAGUUAAUUUUCUCUGCACCAAUAAUGUGGCCGAAUACGAGGCAUGCAUCCUUGGCUUGCAAGCAGCGAUUGAUUUCAAGGUGAAGGAGCUAGAAGUGUUCGGAGAUUCAAUGCUCACAAUCUUCCAAACGUUAGGGCAAUGGAAGACGAAAGACGCAAAGUUAGUACCAUACCACGAGUAUCUCGAGGAGUUAGCGGAGAACUUCGAGAAAAUCUCGUUCACCUACACGCCACGUAUCAAGAAUCAGUUUGCAGAUGCACUUGCGACACUGGCAUCAAUGGUGAGCAUCACAAAAGAAAACCUCAUCGAGCCACUUGAGAUCGAGAUUGCCAAAGGCCCGGCUUACUACUGGCCAAUACCCGACAUUUGCCAACCGUCGGGACGGAAAACACUUAGGCGACUCACAGCGCAUUACUUCCUGAGCGGAGAGACUCUCUACCGCCGUUCCUUCGACGCCACGCUACUCCGGUGUGUUGACGAAAACGAGGCACAACGCCUCAUGGGAGAGAUACAUGAAGGGAGUUGUGGACCCCAUAUGAGCGGUCUCAUGCUCACCAAGAAACUCAUGCGCCUAGGUUACUUUUGGUCCACCAUGGAGGCCGACUGCGCCAAACACGUCAGACACUGCCACUUGUGCCAGGUCUAUGCCGAUCAGAUCAAAGCACCCCCCAAUGAGCUACGCCCGAUGGCGGCCCCGUGGCCCUUUUCAAUGUGGGGCAUUGACGUGAUCGGCCCUAUCAAUCCCAAAGCAUCCAAUGGACACAUGUUCAUUUUGGUGGCAAUUGACUACUUCACCAAGUGGAUCGAGGCCAUAACGCUCGCUUCGGUCACCGCAAAUGCCGUGGCACGUUUCCUUAAGCGCGACAUCAUCGCCCGAUAUGGAGUCCCCGAAACAAUCAUCACCGACAAUGCUAAGAACCUGAACAACAGGAUCAUCGAUGAGCUUUGUGAGCGAUUCAAAAUACACCACCGCAAUUCCACACCAUACCGUCCCCAAAUGAACGGUGCGGUGGAGGCUGCGAACAAAAACAUCAAGAGGAUCAUCGAGAAAAUGACGGUGACCUAUAAGGAUUGGCACGAGAUGCUCCCUUUUGCGCUCUUGGCAUAUCGAACGUCCAUCCGCACUUCAACCGGGGCAACUCCGUACUCCCUAGUCUACGGCAUGGAAGCAAUCCUCCCAAUCGAAGUGGAGAUUCCCUCCAUGAGGGUCCUCGCCGAGUCCAAGCUCGAAGAAGCAGAAUGGGCGAAGCAGCGCUACGAACAGCUCAAUCUCAUUGACGAGAAACGGCUAACAGCGCUCUGCCACGGUCAAUGCUACCAACAAAGAAUGGCUCGAGCGUUCAAUGCAAGGGUUCGCCACCGCGAAUUCCGCCCCGGUGAUCUCGUCCUACGAAAGGUCUUGCACAUCACACCUGACUCUCGGGGCAAGUUUGCAUACAAGUAUGAUGGACCUUUCGUCGUCAGGGAAGUCUUCUCCGGAGGGGCAAUUAUCCUAAGCGAUAUGGACGGGACCGAAAACGCACUCCCGGUCAAUGCCGAUGCCCUUAAGAAGUACUACCCUUAA